CUUAACUCUUACUCACACACGCAUAUAUCUUCAUCUCUCUAGCACCAUGGGAUUGGGAUCUUCAACUUCUUCAACAACAAUGGCGACAAUCUGCUCUACUGUUUGUUAGUUCACUCCAUUUGUGGACGGAUAUCUUCUCUGUUCUGGUUUAAAACCCUAACCCCAGAUCUACUACUAUUAUGAAUUAACGACAGCUAAACAAGGAAGCAAGCAUGGCGCAGAGUUCAGACCCUACAAAGCGUCCUAAACCAGGCCCAUGGCCUCCUGGUCAAGAUUCCAACGAUGCACCCGCAAUGCCUCCUUCUUCCUGGGCCAAACGCACCGGCUUCCGCCCUAGGUUUUCCGGCGAGACCAAUGCUAGUGAUUCUGGUCAGUUUGCCAGGACGAAUAACCCCUCUCCCGCUUCCACCCCCUCUCCUGCUCCACUUGAUCUUGAAGCUGGUCGUGUACGCCCAAUUUCUGCCGUGAACGGCACGGCGCCAACGCCGCAGCCGGCUAAUGCACAGGUGCAGCUGCAAUCUAACAAGGAUCAGUCGGUGGAGAAAAGGACAGAGGCGGAGGGCAGUCCUGCACCGGUACCGCCGAAGCAUGGUGUUAAUGGACAUGCGAGAAUUGCUGCUGCGACUGAGACGCCGGCGCCGGCCCCCCCUCAGCCGAGUAGGAGGGCAGUGAGGAAUGGGGAUGUCGAAAAUGUGUUGCCACAAGUGGUUGAUGAUGAAUUGGUGUCUCGUCAUUCGCAUAUGAAGUAUGAGCUUCGAGACACUCCUGGUCUAGUUCCUAUUGGUUUCUAUGGAUUCCAGCACUAUCUAUCGAUGCUGGGUUCGCUGGUUUUAAUUCCGCUUGUGAUCGUUCCGGCAAUGGGAGGCGACCAUGAGGAUACGUCGAUGGUGGUCUCCACUGUACUUCUUGUUUCGGGAAUGACCACACUUCUACAAGCAAAUUUUGGAUCAAGAUUACCCCUCAUACAAGGUCCAUCUUUUGUCUUUCUUGCUCCUGCGCUUGCAAUAAUAAAAUCCCCUGAGUUCCUUGGAUUGAAUGGAAAUAAUUUCAAGCAUAUAAUGAAGGAGCUACAGGGGGCUAUAAUUAUUGCAUCAGCUUUUCAAGCAUUACUUGGAUACAGUGGACUGAUGACACUACUCUUGAGAUUGAUUAACCCAGUGGUUGUGUCCCCAACAAUUGCUGCUGUUGGACUUUCAUUCUACAGCUAUGGUUUCCCGCAAAUGGGUGCAUGUCUUGAGAUUGGCAUGGUGCAGAUUCUAUUGGUUAUUAUGUUUUCCCUAUACCUACGCAAGGUAUCUGUUUUGGGGCACCGUGUAUUUCUAAUUUAUGCUGUACCAUUGGGUCUGGUUAUUACAUGGGCUAUGGCUUUCCUUCUGACUGAGGCAGGAGCCUAUAAGUAUGAUGGUUGUGAUGUGAACAUACCAACCUCAAAUAUGAUAUCAGAUCACUGCAGAAAACAUGUUGCCAGGAUGAAGAGUUGUCGAGUUGAUACUUCCCAUGCCUUGAAAUCUUCCCCAUGGUUUAGAUUUCCAUACCCACUACAAUGGGGCACACCUGUUUUCAACUGGAAAAUGGCUCUCGUAAUGUGCAUGGUGUCUGUUAUUUCUUCUGUGGACUCUGUUGGCUCAUACCAUGCAUCAUCUUUAUUGGUGGCAUCUAGGCCUCCCACUCCAGGUGUUGUAAGUCGUGGGAUUGGUCUUGAAGGUCUGUCUAGCAUCUUGGCUGGUUUGUGGGGAACUGGAACAGGUUCAACUUCUCUGACUGAAAAUGUGCACACAAUUGCCGUCACUAAAAUGGGCAGUCGCAGAGCCGUUGAGUUGGGAGCAUGUGUUUUGAUUAUAUUGUCCCUAGUAGGUAAAGUAGGAGGGUUAAUUGCAUCAAUCCCUCAAGUGAUGGUUGCAGGCUUGCUAUGCAUUAUGUGGGCCAUGCUCGCAGCAUUGGGUUUGUCAAAUUUACGUUACAGCGAAGCUGGUAGCUCCCGGAACAUCAUCAUCAUUGGACUUUCUCUGUUUUUCUCCCUUUCAGUUCCGGCCUACUUUCAGCAAUACGGUCUCUCACCAAAUUCCAAUUCUCCUGUUCCGGCUUACUUCCAGCCUUACAUUGUUGCCUCUCAUGGUCCUUUCCGCUCACAAUACAGAGGGUUAAAUUAUGUGAUGAACACACUGCUGUCGUUCCACAUGGUGGUAGCAUUCUUAGUAGCUGUAGUUUUGGACAACACGGUGCCUGGGAGUAGGCAGGAACGAGGGGUAUACGUGUGGUCUGAACCAGAAGCGGCUCGUAGGGAGCCUGCUGUCGCCAAAGACUAUGGGUUACCAUUCAGAGUGGGAAAAAUGUUCAGAUGGGUGAGAUGGGUUGGGGUGUAGAGAUUGGGAGGGGGAGGGGGGGAUGCAGCAUGAAAGUUUUGCCACGAUAAGAGAGUGGUCAGUCGGGUUUUCGGGCCAAUAUCGGAAAACAAAACAAAUCAAAACAGAUGACAGAUUGUAAUGAGGAAUUGAGGAAGCUAAAUGGAAGAAUGAAAGUAGGUGGAUUGUGUACAUUAGAGAGGAUCUGUGUUGUAAUGUUAAAAACUGUCGAUGCUUUUGUAUGUAGUUUGUAAUUGGAAAAUCUUUGUUUUUUUUAGUUUUGUUUCAAUUGAGUCGACAUUUUCCAAA